AUGGCGCAUAAUUACGUCUUGCGGGUAACAGCAGGCCCAGCAUACGAUACAAAGACGCAUCAGAUAGUCCCUGUCAACGAUGCCAGCCCUAUUACAAUCGACACCGAGCAUAUCACCGUCGACCUCAACGUCCGAAUCCAGUCCUAUCGCGGCCUCCCUCCCUCCUCGCCCACAACGUCCCCCUACUUCUCCCUCCCCCCGCACGACAAGAACAACGACCAGUACAGCAUCGCGUUCCGUUUCCGGCCCAAGCGCUCCAUUGGCGGUGACGCCCUGGUCUUCGGCAACGACUUCGACCAUCCUAUUCGCGAUCGCCUGCCGCCGGGCUUUAACACAGCCUUCCGCAUUGUGAAAUGGGUGAUCGACCCAGGUCUGGACGGCGACGUGUAUGCCGAUCGUCCGUACCUCUAUGGGCCGGCCGCGAGCUCGGUGAACAGGCUGCAUGUUGGGGAGAAGGUGGAGGUCAAGGGGAAGGAGGAUGGGAUGGGCAACGGGGUGGGUGAUCACGAGGUAGGACUGGUGUUUGAAGAAGGGGGGCAUGGUGAGGGACUGGAGGUGAGGAAGGAGAAGGGCGUGCCAGAUGGGGAGGCGGCGAGGAAGAAGCACUUUUUGGAUGAGGCCAAGAGGAAGGAGUGGGAGUGGGAGGAGGGUAGAGUGUAUGGGUGUGAUUUCUACAACCCGUAUCUGGAUUUCAAUGACUUCGCACUCAGACUCCCAGGCUUCUCGCUCCCCGUCAUGAACUACUGGGACGGCCAAGGUCUCCGAUACACGCUUAAGGACCGGGCGACGGACACGGUGCUCUUCGUCGUGCUGUUCACGCUGUACUUGAAGGAGGACGUCGACGAGCACGGCAAUGUGAGGGAAGGAGUCGAGGGUGGGAAGCCGUUUGAGGGGUUGCCAAAGGGGGUGGAUGGUGGUGAUGGUGGUGGUGUUGAUGGGGGAGGGGCGGCGGAGAAUGAGAAGUCGGUCACUCCGCAAGUGGAGACGAAUGCUGAUGAUGUUGAUUGA